AUGUUUAAAUCUUUUGAUGGAUUAAAAUUAUCGAAUUCAGAGUUAGAGGGAAGGUAUAUUAUAGCAAAUAGAGAUAUUGACAUUGGAGAGAGUAUAUUAAAAUGUAAAUCAUAUUUUGCAGUUACAUGUGAAGAUUUUAAAAAGAAUAGUUGUUACAAUUGUAUAAAGUUAAUUAAAUCACCAUCACCUCAACAAGUACCAAGAUGUUUUGGAUGUAAUGAAGUUUGGUAUUGUAGUGAAAAAUGUAAACAAGAUAAUCAAGCAAAACAUCAACAUUAUGAAUGUGCAUUUUUCAACAAUAUAAAAUCACCAAAAUUAAUUCAAAAUUCAAAACUCGAUUUCGAUUCAUACUCUGAAAUCAGAAUAAUACUUGGUUUACUCUCAAGAUAUUAUCAAGAUAAAUUAUUAAAUAAUAAAUUCAAUUCAUCAAUAAUAAUAAAUAAUCAACAAGAUGAUGAAGAAGAUUUUAUAAAAGAUACAUUGGAUGGUGUAUUAGAUUUAGUAGAAAAUGAUAUAAAUGAAGAAACAAAUAGUGUAGCAAAAGAAUAUAUUGAUAAUAUUAUUGAAUAUAUUAUAAAUAUAUUAAAAUUAACAAUAAAUAAUAAUAGUAAUGAUAAUAAUAAUAAUAAUAAUAAUAAUAAUAAUAAUAAUAAUAAUAAUAAUAAUAAUAAUAAUAAUAAUAAUAAUAAUAAUAAUAAUAAUAUUGAAGAAUUAAUUAAAUUAAUUAGACCAUUAAUUCAAAAAGUUAGAUGUAAUCAAUUUGGAAUUUGGACAAAGAAUGAUAAAUGUAUUGGUAUGGCAGUAUCACCAAGUAGUAGUUAUUUUAAUCAUUCAUGUAUACCAAAUUGUGAAUCGGUUAGAGAUGGUAGUGAUAUGACAUUUAAAUCAUUAUUUCCAAUUAAAAAAGGUGACCAAAUUAAUAUCUCUUAUUUGGCAUUAGAUAAAUCAACUAAAAGACGUAGAGAUUAUUUGAAAUUUGGUUACUACUUUCAUUGUCAAUGUCCAAGAUGUAAUUCAACAGAUAUUGAUCCAACUGGUAAAUUAGAGGAUUCAUUAGAUAAUUGGAUUUCAAAAUUUUAUUGCCAUCAAAAGAAAUGUACAGGUUUAUAUUAUUCAAAAUUAAAAUUAUCACUACAAUCAUUAACCAACAUUGAUAAUCAUGAAAUUCAAUUAUCAUGUUCAACUUGUAAUGAUCAAUUAAUUGUUAAUUCAAAUUUUUAUUUAAAUAAACCAAAUUAUUAA